GCGGAAUCUGAUUCCACACAGUCAACAUCUCAGCAAGCUAGAGCAACUCCACUCCUCAAACGGAUUACCAUGACGAGCGUAUGCAGCAGCUACCAGCACUAUCAGCUGACCAACGGUAACAUCAUGCAACUGAUGCACCACCAGCAGGGACAGCAGCAGCAGCACCAACAGCUGAUUGCCCCCAAGAUGCCUCUGGGCAACAGCCAGCUCCAGAACAUGCAACAGCACCAGCAGACAAGCAGCUCUGCCGGCCCCAUGCUGUCGAAGAAGAAGUACAACAACUACAACCCAAUGCCCUACGGAGAGCCGCAGAUGCCAUCGGUGGCACGCCGCAAUGCCCGGGAGCGCAACCGCGUGAAGCAGGUGAACAACGGCUUCGUCAAUCUCCGCCAGCACCUGCCCCAGACGGUCAUCAAUGCCCUGUCGAAUGGGGGACGCGGCGCCAGCAAGAAGCUAUCGAAGGUGGACACCCUGAAGAUCGCCGUGGAGUACAUACGCGGCCUGCAGGAUAUGCUCGGCGAUGGCCAGCCCCGUCCCAUCUACAGCUCCGGAGACGAGAGCAGCAACGAUGGCACCUACAACGACAACUACAGCAGCCUGGACAGCCCCCAAUCGCAGUUCGUUGUCGCCCAGUCCCACUCGUACCACUCGGCCUCGCCCACUCCCUCGUACAGUGACGCCUCCGAUGUAUCGGCCAGCUACGUGAAGCAGGAGAUGCCCGAUAACCACGAGCACGAUCACCAGCAGCACCACCAACACCAGCACCAGCAUCAACUCAAAUUCGAGUCCUUCGACAGCUUCAGCGACGAGCAGCCCGACGAUGAGGAGCUCCUCGACUACAUCUCCUCGUGGCAGGAGCAGUGAGAGUGCCCGAGUACGAAAAAAAGAGCCGGAGAUCCCAGCGAUCCCAGCAAUCCCAGAGAGCAAGCCAAAAAUACCCAAUCCCCACACUGUACAAACUGUAAAUAUCGAAAAUGUUGCCUUAGUGAGUGAAAAACGAAGAAACCAAGUCCCAGAUUCUAUAUCUCUAGUUCGUAAGACCCGACCCACCAAAAUUUUUUUUUGGAAACUAGCAUUAAGCAUGGAAGACAAUGAUAUAAAACCUUAUUUUUUUGAUAGUUCUAAGUUCUGUUAUAAGCAUGGAAGACACUAAACUAU